AUUUGCCAAAUGAUGUGAAUAUUUUACGCGCUGAUCAGUGUUCCUCCGGCUUCAAUCGUGGAAGCACAUUCGGACACUUGCUGCGGACUCUACAGAUCUUUGCUAAUUUUUUUCUCUUCUCAAGUGCUUCCUCAUUUCUUUUUUUUUUCUUAUUGCUCACGGUAUUUCCUUCGAAGAGUGUGUUAAAGAAAAGAAUAUUCUCAAAAAUAAAAAUUAAUUCCCAUCGUGGGUGUUUAAUUUUCUUAAUUUUUUGCCAUUUUCAUUAAUGAUUUGUGAUUGAGAAAAAGGUGUGAACUCUCACCUGGGUGAGCCUUGAACUGUGCGUGAGUGUGCGGGGGUGUGAUUGCAACACCACGAGGAUAACGGGGCACUCGUGCUUCGAAAGGGGCAGGGGUGAGAGAUGGCAAAAGUGUGCCAAUUAUUUGCUAUUUUAGCAAUUGUCGUGUAUUCAUUUGUGGUUCCCAUCGAUAAACAUCAUGUGUCUGCUGUUGAAUCCUCUCGUCACACUAGCCACCACCAAAAUGUUGCCACCCACAAGGACAAUGUAAACUCCGAUAUAGUGUUCGAUGAACUUCCCGUGUCACCCGGCUUAGCGACUACUGGAGCCCCAAUGGUCACCGAAGAGAUUGCUGGGCAGAGAAAUAGGACGGAAAAGGUGCACAAGGGGAUGAAAAAGAAGCGAAAGGAUAGGAAACGAAGGGUAAAGGAGGAAAGGAAACGCCAGAGAUUGGUGAAGAAAUUGCGAAAGGAGUUGAAGGAGGAUCUGAAGAAGGAUGCAGCAGCGAAGGCGUUGAAGAAAAAUGAGAAGAAGAAAAAGAUUAGAACCACACCAGCACCAUUCCUCCCCUUCUUGGACACUACGAGAUCUAAGAAACGCGUCCUCAGGCAGAAAUCUCUCUACGAUGGUGAAAAUGACGAUGAAGACAGUGAUUUUUCUGGGUCUGGCUCAAUUCCUGAAAUUACUGGAGAUCGUUCGUUUCAAAUGUCUUUCACAAUGCUGGAGCCUUGGAAAGAUGACUACAGCAAUCGAAGAUCACCCGGCUACAAAUUUAUUCGUGGGAAUAUCACGGAAUCACUCGAGGGAUUCUUCAAUGAUAUUCUUCUUGAUUUCGAUGAUCAGAAUCAUAUAAAUGCGAAUGUUCGCAAAUUGAAAUCCAAUGUGAAUAACAUUGAUGUUGUUGCGGAUGUAACAGCUGAACAUCCCGUAUCUCUGGCUAAAUUAUCCAGAGAACUUGGUCAGCAAAUCAGGAAUUAUCAUCGUAUUGGCAAACUUGACGUCGAAGCCACCAAUUAUGUUUUCAACACAAUAGUUGAGUGCCGCGAAGAUGAAUUCCGAUGCAAUGAUGGAAAAUGCAUUUCGGCACAGCUAAAAUGUAACCAGAUACCGGAUUGUUUGGACAAUGAGGAUGAGGAUUUACCAGAAUGUCCCAUAUAUAAUUGUCUUGAGAAUGAAUUCACCUGUGGCAACGGUGGUUGCAUCCCGAAGGAGAAUCAAUGCGACGGUGUUACCGAUUGUCAAGAUGAAACGGAUGAGCAGGAUUGCGAGGAUGAUCCAACGAGGGACAUCAGUGACAAUGAUACAGAUCAGUCGUGCACUGUGUAUGAGUUCCAAUGCGACAAUGGGAUGUGUAUUGAUACACGAGAUCGAUGCAAUGGGCGUGAAGAUUGCUCCGAUGGGAGUGAUGAGCAAAAAUGUGAAGAAUGCAUUGGUGAUGCCUUCCACUGCAACAGUGGCGAAUGCAUCCACCAGAGCCUACGAUGCAACAAGCGCCAGGACUGCGCGGAUCUCAGUGAUGAACACGACUGUGGCUUUGAUCCUGCGGGGGGUACGUGCAAAGCCAAUGAGUGGCAGUGCUUCAACGGGGAGUGCAUCAACAAGGAUUUCGUGUGUGAUGGAUCGAGGGAUUGUUUCGAUAAUUCCGAUGAGGCUAAUUGCGAUGCAAGACAAAACGAACCGGAAGCCGUUCAGUGUGCUUCUUCUGAAUUUAUGUGCGAUGAGCGAUGCAUACCGGAAGAUUAUGUAUGCGAUGGCCGAGUGGAUUGUAGCGAUGCGAGCGAUGAAAAUGAUUGUCCUACUAAUGGUGAGGCAGGACAAGGGGUGGGCGGCUACCCGGGUCAACCUUCUCCGCCACAGCCAUUCCCGCGGCUUUGUCCGGAGCUCGUCUGUCGCUCGGACUACACGUGCUUCAGCUACUCACAGAGAUGCGAUCGCGUGAGAGAUUGCGCUGAUGGGACUGAUGAGGAGGGAUGUCCACCAUCUCCACACCCCCAACAACCUCCACAACCCUCACAACCUACACCACCAAGUUACCCUGUGAGACCUGAUUCGGGGGCGCAUGUUAUCGGUCCAUCAUGGUCGCAACAGGGGGACAUUAAGCUCAAGACAUACCCCUCUGAUCAAAUUAUCAAAGAAGGACGUGAGGUGGUGUUUCAGUGUCGCGAUGAAGGCUCUGCUCGAGCACGUGUUCGCUGGACACGUGCCAAUGGAGCAUUGCCACAAAAUUCCAAGGAUAUCAAUGGACGCCUUGAGAUUUCCAAUGUUCAAGUGUCCGACAGUGGGGAAUACUACUGUGAAGCAGUUGGCUAUCAAACCUACUCCGGAGCCAGGACAACGGUGUACCUUACAGUUGAGAGAUACAAUCCUAUCUUGGAUGCUCCUGUGGGAUGCCCACCGGAGAAAGCAACCUGCAUGAAUGGGGAAUGUAUUGAAAAGAAUCAGGUGUGCGAUGGUACGUAUGAUUGUUCCGAUGCAUCAGACGAGACAGGUUGCAGCCGUGCCAAUAGUUGCGAACCAAAUGAAUUCCGUUGUGCAAAUCGCAAAUGUGUCGCCAAAACGUGGCGGUGCGACGGUGAGAAUGAUUGUGGGGAUAAUUCUGAUGAACAGGAGUGCGCCACAAUGCCCCCGGAUGCUCCAUGCCGAUUCCACGAAUUCCAAUGCAAGAUUGGUCAGUGCAUCCCCAAAUCUUACCAAUGCGACAACCAUCCGGAUUGUUUUGACAAUUCCGAUGAAAUUGGAUGCUCAAAGCCAACAGUGGUACAGUCACCACCACCCCGAAUGCACCUCAGUACUGGCUCCAUUUUUAACAUUACCUGCCGUGCUGUUGGUAUCCCAAUGCCAUUGGUUGUGUGGCGCCUCAAUUGGGGCCACAUUCCGGAUAAGUGCACAACAACCAGUGUUAAUGGGUAUGGGGUACUAACGUGCCCGGGUAUUGAGGUACGCGACUCUGGUGCAUACUCGUGUGAAGUAAUCAAUUCCAUGGGAACGCAAUUUGCUUCUCCGGAUACAAUUCUCGUUGUUGAUGGAACGGACGUGUGCCCAAGUGGAUACUUCAAUUCCAAAGCAACACGUCAGGAGGAUUGCAUCAAUUGCUUCUGCUUCGGUGUCUCCACUCAGUGUUCAAGUGCUGACUUGUACAUCUACUCCCUGCCACCACCGGUUACAUCACUUCACGUUGUUGGUGUUACGGGUCCAUGGAUUGGUGAGAGGGAGAUUGAUGUGACACCGUAUCAAGCACAUGAUAUUAUUGCCACGAAGUUUGGCAUAAAAGUGAGACUAGCGGAUUCCAUUCGGGAAACUGCAUUCUACGCCCUACCACGGGAAUAUCUUGGGAAUCAACUUAAAUCCUACGGUGGAUUCCUCACGUAUGACCUGGAGUACGUAGGUGGGGGACCGCUGAAUCAAGCUCCGGAUGUUUUGGUCUUUGGCAAUGGGUACAAACUGUCACACAAGAUUCGAGGACCCAUUACGAGUGAGUCUCUGCAUCAGGUAAAGGUGGAAUUCCACGUUGGCGAAUGGUACAAAGAUGAUGGACGUCGGGCAACAAGGGAGGAAUUGAUGAUGGUUCUAGCCAAUAUUGAUAACUUCCUCAUAAAGAUUAAGUUCACGGAUAAUCAGCCAGAGGUGCAAUUGAGGAAUAUUCGUUUGGAUUCAGCAGCUACCAUUGAUCGUGGACUUGGAUCAGCGACACUUGUGGAACAAUGCCGAUGCCCAGUUGGCUACUCUGGGUUAUCAUGUGAAGAAUGUGCCGAUGGGUAUGUUCGUGAGGAGACGGGAACAUGGUUGGGACGCUGUGUUAAGGCACAAACACCAUGUCCAGCUGGAACAUACCUCCCACCGGGAGAGCUUUCGUGCGUCACAUGCCCAUGUCCUGGUGGCCCCUAUGGUACUAACUACGGCUACUCAUGCUAUGUGGCUGCAGAUGGGGAAGUUGCGUGCAAUUGUAAACCCGGAUAUGCCGGUAGGAGGUGUGAACAGUGCGCUCCUGGCUUCACUGGGAAUCCCCUCGUGCCCGGAGAUAUUUGUCGUGAGCAACCGACAAGUGAUUGUGAUCCACAGGGUACACGAACUGUGGGUCCCGAUGGACGGUGUAUCUGCAAGAAUAACGUAUUGGGCAGGAGAUGCGAUCAGUGCGCUCCGAAUACCUUCUAUCUCAAUCCUGAAACACCAAAUGGAUGCAUCCAUUGCUUCUGCAUGGGUGUUGCAAGGCAGUGUAUGAGCAGCAAUUACUACAGAGAUACGAUCCAAUCCACACUCUAUCGCGAUCGAAGUGACUUUGAUAUUGUCUACAACUACGAUGAUCCACAACUGGGUGACCCACAGAGUAUUCAGGCAUCGAGCUAUGAGACAGUCUUCCGGAAUAUUCAGCACGAUGACACAGAAGUGUACUACUGGAGUCUUCCAACGAGAUUUGUGGGUGACAAGAUUACUUCCUACGGUGGUGUUCUCAACUACACAAUCCGCUAUACGCCACAACCUGGUUCAGCAAUGUCGCGCAACAGUGCCCCCGACGUGGUGAUCAAGUCAGACAAUGACAUUACAAUCCUUCACUUCCGCAAGGAUGAAAUUCGCCCAAAUACACCACAAUCCUACUCAGUGCCCCUUCUUGAGAACCAAUGGCAACGCAGCGAUGGCAAGGAAGUCAAUCGGGAGCAUUUGCUCAUGACACUGGCUGAUGUUUCGUACAUCUUCAUCAAGGCCACCUAUACAACAACAACGGAGGAAGCUGCCCUUUCGCAUGUUUCACUGGACAUUGCUGUGCCCAGAGAAAGUGGUCAAACAAGUGGCAGGGCGUAUGAGGUGGAAAUGUGUCAAUGUCCACAAGGAUACAAGGGUUUAUCGUGUGAGGAUUGCGCACAAGGGUACAUGAGAAGUGAUCAGGGGCUCUAUCUUGGACUCUGUGAACCAUGCCAAUGUAAUGGACAUUCCAAUGAUUGCGAUCCCAUCACUGGAGUUUGCAUUAACUGCGAACACAACACGAAGGGUGAUAACUGCGAAUUGUGCAUUGAUGGUCGUGGAAAUGCAACAGGUGGCACCCCAUACGAUUGUACGGGUAGUAGUGAUCUCACAGGAUGCGAUCAAUGCGACAGCCGGGGCUUUGUGUCGUGCAGCAACAAUCAGUGUCAGUGUAAGAGUAAUGUAAUUGGUGGGCCGUGUGAUCGCUGCCGUCCGGGAACGUUUGAUUUGCAAACAGAAAAUCCCGAAGGGUGCACCAGUUGUUUCUGCUUCGGUGCCUCAGACACAUGUGCGGCGUCACGGCUCUACCGCGAGGAAAUUCCAAUGAUUAUAUUCAGUGAUCACUUCCGCAUUACACUGAAUGAGAAUCAACUUAUUGCCGAUCAUGAGGAAUUAGCCACGGAUAUCCCCACGAAUACUGUGUCGUAUCAAGUGUUAGACGAUCGUACAUUGUACUGGAGUCUCCCAUCGCAAUUUAUUGGGAAUCAAAUUCACUCGUAUGGUGGUACGUUGUCCUACAAACUAAGUACUGAAGAUCGGGGGGAUUAUGUGAGGGAUAGUGAUGUAAUUAUUCGCGGGAAUGGCCUAACAUUGACAUGGCAGAAUGACAAUGAAGAUCACUCAUCGGUGGUUGUGCCAUUCAUUGCGGGUGCCUGGAUGAAUGGCUAUCAGUAUGCCACGCGUGAAGAUAUCCUCACGGCAUUGGCUAAUUUGGAAUUCAUUCUCGUUCGUGCCACAACACAUCAAUCCACAACAUCCACACACAUUAGCGAUAUUAUCCUCCAGACGGCUGUUACGCAGCGCACAGUUCUCGGUACAGCGGAUCACAUUGAGGUGUGUCGCUGCCCACCUGGGUACACGGGAUCCAGCUGUGAGUCUUGCGAUGUGAUGCACUAUCGCGAAACAGUCCAAGGUGGACGUCCGGGUGUUUGUCGUCGAUGCCCAUGCUCAGAGCAUGCAGAAUCCUGCAGUGAGGAUGCCUACAGGCGUCUCACAUGCCACUGCCUACCUGGGUACACGGGUGAGAUGUGCGACAUCCCCGAAGCCCCCGUGACACCCGAUUCACCCACAAUUUCCGUUGUGGUCACAGCACCAACGCUGCAAAUUGUGGAAGUUGGUCAGACGGUGUAUAUCAACUGCACGGGUCGUCAUGUGAUCUCCAACCUUCCAAUUGUGGUGCGUUGGUUUAAGCUCGAUGGACGCCUAUCGGAGCGUGCUCAUACCGAUCGUGGUACCCUUGUCAUCACCAAUACACAAGUUGACGACAGCGGCGUGUACGUGUGUCGCGGCGAGAAGGGUGAGGAAGUUGUGGAGCAACGUGUCUCCAUCACUGUUAGCUACUCACGUCGCCCAGAGGUGAAUUUCUACCCAUCGAGUCUCGAUGUGGAGGAGUACACCACGGCUCAGGUGACGUGUGAAGCAACAGGAUCACCCCCACCGAUAAUUGUGUGGGAGCGAAUUGAUGCUCUUGGUAGGAGUACUGUAUUGUUGACACCUGAGAAUUCCGGAGUUUUGCGCUUUGGGUCAAUUCGCAAGGCUGAUGAGGGACAAUACAGGUGUACGGCAAGGAAUAAGGAUGGUGAAGAUAGCAAGACACUCAUUGUGCGUGUACGUGAGCAGGCGGUCUACCCACCACCAAUCACGGAAAUUUCCAUCAUCCCACAAAGCUACACGGGACGUCCCGGAGAUAGUGUGGAGUUCCGUUGUAUUGGUGAUGGACAAAUCUCCUGGCGCAAGGAGUACACUAUGUGGCUGCCACCGAGUGCCAUUGUCAGGGGUCACAUUUUGAGCAUUGAGAAUGCACGUGAGGAUGACUCUGGGCAGUACGUUUGCACGGCAUUGCACCCGACAGGGCAGCAAUUCACAACAGUAGCCAAUUUGACGAUUAUUGAACACGAAGCAAGAUCCUACCCGAAGAUUCGUCCACUGGAGCAGAGUCAUCUGCUCAUUGAGAAUGCAGAUCUCUACUUGGCAUGCGAUGCAACCGGAAGUCCUCUGCCAACCGUUAAAUGGACAAAAUUGCACGAUGCCUUCGACCCGAAUGUCCAACAAAUUGGGAAUCAGCUGCGUAUUUUGGGUGCCAAGCAGUACAACAGGGGUGUUUAUGUCUGCGUAGCGGAGAAUUCCGAAGGAACUGAUCAGAUCAGCACCAUCAUUGAGAUUGACCAGCGACAAGCACCAAUAGUGGAGCUACAUCCAAAGGGGCCACAGACCAUUCGUAUUGGUGAAUCAGCAAUGCUAAGUUGUCGCAGUGUUGCCGGAAUACCAACACCAGUGGUACGAUGGGUACGUUUGGACAAUAAGCCAUUGCCAUUGAAUGUGGAUGACAAAUAUCCUGGGACAAUCAUCAUAAGGAAUGCCGCAAUUGAAGAUGGUGGUUCGUACCAAUGUAUUGGGGAGAAUAUUGCAGGAAGUACAUCAGCUACGGCUGUCUUGAAUGUCCAUCAACCACCUGAGGUGACAAUUGAGCCAGCCAUGGACACAUUGGAGGUCACCGAAGGUGAUGAAUUGACACUCACAUGCCGUGCAAUUGGCUUCCCAGCGCCAACGGUUCAGUGGAUUGCCCCAAAUAUGGGGGCACCGAAUCAUUUUGGCGCAAGACCAUCCCAGAGGAGUCCUGUUGUGAUACAGAAGUUCGAAGUGAAACCCAAUGAUGCUGGAAUGUAUAGAUGUUUGGCAAAUAGCUCAGCUGGGCAGGAUGAGCACUUUAUCCGGGUUAUUGUGAAGGGGAAGCGUGGUGAUGUUGGACCCCAUGAUCGUGACUAUCCGGGACAUUCGGGCUCCAUCUACCCGCAAGAUCCAUCGAGGAUUCGUCCCGGUGAAGGGGAUACUGCUCAUCAUACCUACACCGUGAACGUGGGUCAAAGGGCACAGCUAUCGUGUGAGGUUGAAGAUUCCUAUCGCAUGACAACGUGGCGUCGUACGGAUGGCUACCCAUUGCCACAUAGUGCAAACCUAACUGGUGGCACACUCGUGAUUGAACGCACGGAACCCGAUGCAGCAGGAACGUAUGAAUGUGUAAUGCUGGACACAGAGGUGCCAUUUAUCAUUGCACUCACUCAAGUUGUCGUCUUGGACGUGCCAAUGAUCACCUUUUCACCCGCAAUGCCGAUUGUCGUGAAAUCCGGAGAGAAUGUUGUGAUUUUCUGCAAUGCAACGGGUGAGGGACCCAUUCAGGUGUUCUGGCAUGGUAUCAACUACACCCCACUCCCACAUACGGUACGCGGUGAAGGACCCCACCUUCUCUUUGCACCCAUUACACAAAGGGAUGCUGGGAAGUACUACUGCACAGCUACCAAUGUCAAUGGGAAUGUGACCAAAGCUGCUGAAGUCAUUGUUAAUAGAAAUGAAAUUGUGGAUCGCCAACCGAUGUAUGAUCAAGUUCAGGAAGUCUAUGAGGGUGACAAGGUGACACUGGACUGCCAUGUACCGGAUCAGAUGCGCAUGCAGGGAAUACAGUUUAUGUGGCGUCGAGAAAAUGGUCAAAUCUCACCCAAUGCCCACUACCACGAUGGCCGCCUCACGUUGCGUGACAUUCACACCAGUGAUGCCGGAAGGUACAUUUGUGAGAUGCUCCUGCCCAAUCAGAGUAUCACGCAGAGUUACGUUGAUGUGAGGAUUAAGAGUGAGUAUCGACGGAGGCGUCAUAGGCCACACAGGGAGUACCCCAUUAGGAAUCCCGGUGGGUAUUAAAGGUGGUAUAUGACAAUGGGGUGCUUCCCUGCCCCCCGUGGUAUGUGCCAUCAACAAUAAACUGCCCAUUAUUCUGCCCUAAUUAAUGUUCUUCUUUUAUAAAACAAACAAAAAAUAAUCAACAAAACAACUAAUUUUUGCGCAUUUUCUCAAUUUUUACCUUUAUAAUUAUUUCACUUUUUCUUCUUUUUUUAAAUAUAAUUCCCUACGAUUUUAUUUUUAAUAUAUUUUUUUUAUAAUUUUGCUUCUCUCUUAUAAAAAAAAAGUGAUUUAGUAGAGAAAACAUAUUCAGGCGAAAGAAAUCGUGGAGAAAAUAAAAUAUUAAAGAGCAA